AUGAGAGCUCCUGAUACAGCAUUGCUGCAGGCAAAAGUGGAAAUAAUGUUUUCUGAAGUGCGGGGCGCGGGGGUAGCCUCGCCGCCGACGGGGGGCGUGCCCGGGGCUGGGCUGGGGAGGUUCCCAGGGCGCCUCCCCCCAAUUCCCGACGCGCCCUCGGCGUCCCGCACUCCCGGGGGCCCUGGAACACCCCCGGGGUCGUGGAGCGCAGGGUGUCAGCGCGCAGGGCCGGGGGCCCCGGAGCCGUCCUCAACGCCCGCCCGCCGCAGAGGCCACCGGCAGUACCUGCGCAGCGGGCCGCCCCACGCCUUCCCCCGCUUCCGCGCCACCGUGCACGAGGUGACCCAGGCCUUCGCCGCCGCCUCGCGGGAGGUGCUGGCCCUGGAGGCCGAGCUGGCCGGGCCGCGCGCGCAGCCGCUACUCGCCGACCACCUGCGCCGCCUGCAGCGCCUGGAGCAGACGCACCUGGCCACGGUGGCCCUGCUGCAGCUCACGGGGACGCCAGAGUGGCUGGAGGCGCAGGAGGACACCCCAGGGCGGCAGGAGCUGAGGACUCAGGUAAUUAAAACCAUGGAGGCAAUCAGCGACGUUCUCCAGGACCUCAAGUUUGAUGCGGAAUCUGCCGAGUGAUGGCGGCUCCCCGGGGACCCGCCGAGGGAGAUGGGAAAUGCGGCGGAUGGCGGCCAGCCCAGCCCGGGACCGCCAGCUGGCCGGGGUCGCGGCUCGCGGGCCUCCGACCCUCCCCCCCGGAAUAAAGAGCCCUUCUAGGCA